AUGUCUGCUGAGGUUGAAGGCUUGAUAAGAGCAGGAACGUUCACGUUAGCAGCAAAAGUCCCGAUAGGCUGUAAUGUGAUAGAUGCUAGAUGGGUUUUCAAAUGGAAUGCAGACGAAACAGCAAAGAUAGUGAAGGCCAAGGCUAGGCUUGUAGCGAAGGGCUUCAAGCAGAAGUAUGGUGUGGACUAUCUUGAGACUUUCUCGCCUACCGCAAAUGCUGCAUCUCAUAGAUUGGUAGUGGCGUUGGCGUGCAAGUACAACUUGGAAUUACUCCACUGGGAUAUUGAACAAGCAUUUGUUCAGUCGGAAUUGGAUUACGAGGUGUUCAUGAAGUUGCCUCCUGGCUGUGGUUCGAUGUCAGGAAAGGUUGUCCGUUUGAACAAGAGUUUGUACGGAUUGAAGCAGGCAUCUAGAACAUUUUACAAGAGGCUGGUGUCGGAGCUGAAGAGGAUUGGUUUCGAGCAGUCUAUGUCUGACCCCUGUGUCCUGCGUUUCAUGAUGGGAGACGAGGUAGUGGGGAUGGUCGCAAUUCAUGUGGAUGACAUUCUGUAUGCAGGAACGACGAGUCUGGCUGAGGUGGUAGUGGCAGCACUAGGUGACUUUCUUCCCACGAAGAGUUUGGGCGAGGUCAGGUUCUUUCUUGGUUGCGCAUUCGUUCGCGACCGCGAGGCUGGUACGAUUGAGAUGUCUCAAGAGAGUUACAUCAGGAGUGUUCUUGAGAGAUUCAAUGUUUGUCGCACCAGCUCGAUCCCUGCUUCCCCUACUAACGAUUACAGGUCCGUGAUGGAGGAUGAGGGGGCAGGAGAUGUGCCGUUCCGAGAGGUGGUGGGGAGCCUGAUGUGGAUCGCCAACCAGACGAGGCCCGACAUCUCGAAUGCUGUGCGGGCGGUGGCAAGGCACUCUCACGAGCCAAAGAAAAGUCACUGGAAGGCUGCUCAGAAGAUUCUAAAUUAUCUUCUGGAAACGGCACAUCUAACUCUAAAAUUCAAACCGGAUAAAUCAGUAGACGCAAGCACAUUAGUGUACGUAGAUGCUGAUUUUGCGAGCAAGGCCAACGACCGUAGAUCAGUUUCGGGAGCAAUAGUGCUUGUGGCUUCGAUGCCUGUGGUUUGGAUUUCUAAAACGCAGAAAUGCGUUUCACAGUCGACUUCUGAGGCAGAGUAUCUUGCGAUGGGUGACGGUGUAAGGGAGGCUCUGUGAAUGGAAUGCUUCAGUUCCUGAGACCAAGUGCGAAGCCUCGGAAGAUAGACGUCCUUGAGGACAACGAAGGAGCGAUUGCGCUCGCAGAGAAUCCGCUUAGCUCGAGUAGGAGUAAGCACAUUGAUGUGAGGCAUCACUUCCUUAGGAAUUUGACAGAGGAGGGUGUUAUCGAGGUUACGCAUGUCACAAGCGAGGAGCAGCAUGCUGACAUUCUCACGAAGGCUUUGCCGAGAGACCUUUUUGAAGUUCACCGCGACUUUGUAUUAGGCUCAAGGAAGUAGAAGUCUGAUUUUUUUUUUUUUCUUUGUUUUGCUUUCAUACAUGCGAAGUAAAUAUAUUUGGUCUGGUAGAUACAAAAGCCCCCUAGGGAGGGUGUUCGUGGUAGCGGCCUUAUGUAUCGCCUGAGCUGCGGUAGAACAUCUGAUUGGAUAUUUUUAAUUGCAGAACUGUCGAUCGUAGGUUGUCAUGCCGAGUGUUCUGCGAAUACUCUUUGUGGUGGUUCGGUAGAUUGUACACACGUAAGGAUCGUACAACGGACCGUAGGUGUAAGUCGGUACGUUGGUAUGUGGUACGUUGGACACUUGUCCAGUAGGAACGUUCUAGCAUUGUCGCUGGAGGUCGGGCUUACGGGUCAUUGUCGUGUUCGGUGCAUUGCUUUGUGUUCCGAGUGUGCAUCUAUCCGGAGGACACGUUGGGAGCUGGGAGCAUGACGCUCGCCCCCUGUCCUCACUCCACUUUCCGACCUGUCUCUCCAUACCUAGGUCUCACCAAUACAAUAUUCUUCUCCAGAAGCCACUGAUUUACCAAC